AGAAGAUCGCGUACAACAGUUUUUUUUCAACAUUAUAAUUCAUUAUAAAAUUAUAUUAUAAUUUCCAUAAAAAUGGCUGCAAACUUUGUCGUGGGAGUACUGGCAUUAUUGAGUUUAAUGUCAUUCGUUUUGGGAGACGUUAAUAUAGUAACACGAACAGAAUGGAACGCCAAGGAACCAACGAACGCCUUAACACCUCUUGAGUUGCCAGUUAGUCGAGUAAUAAUUGCUCAUACGGCAGGAAAUGAUUGCAGUACAAAAGAUUUAUGCUCCCAGCAAGUACGCAACAUUCAAAAUUACCACAUGACCAAAUUUCAUAUCGAUGAUAUUGCUUACAAUUUUCUGAUCGGAAAUGAUGGAAAUGUGUAUGAAGGACGAGGUUGGACUAAUCAAGGUGCUUUAGUUAAGGGCUAUAAUGUCGGUUCAUUUGGUAUUGUUUUUAUGGGAAAUUUUAUGAAGGAGUUACCCAGUGAAAAGGCUUUAGUAGCGGCCAAAGCAUUAAUGGAAAAAUUGGUGAAUUUGCAAAAACUUAAAGAGGAUUACAAAAUCUAUGCCCAUAGUCAACUUAUGCCUACAAUUAGCCCCGGAGAUGCUCUCUUGGCUGAAAUCAAAACAUGGCCCAAAUGGACAAAUCAAAUUUAAAAUUAAAUUACUUCCUUUUGUUAAUAUAAAAACAU